CUCUCUCUCUCUCCACGGAGAAUACCAGACGGGAGAGGCGGAAAGAAGCAAAUCCAUCUCCAAAAGCGGAAGAUUCGAAUCAUCUUUUAGAUCUCUUCCGAUCCCUCUGUCGUCGGCUACAGCUUUCUCUCGGUGGUCGUCCGUGGAGCAACGGCGGGGGAUUGGAGGUUUGUGCGGGGUGUCUCUUUCUUUCCCCUUUCUUGUUCUGGUUUCCGGAGAGGGGUUCGUGCGGUCCUGAAGAGAGUAGGAGGAGGAUGGCGGCCGCGGUGAGGAAGGCCAUGGCGCGGUGGUUCUUGUGGUUCGUCCUCGUCGGUAGUCCCCUCGGCAGAGUUCUUGCUAACAUGGAAGGUGAUGCUUUGAACAGUCUUAAGACCAACUUAAUCGAUCCAAAUAAUGUGCUGCAGAGCUGGGACCCGACUUUGGUCAAUCCGUGCACAUGGUUCCAUGUUACUUGUGACAGCGAUAACAGUGUCAUAAGAGUCGAUCUUGGAAAUGCAGACUUAUCUGGAAAUUUGGUUCCCCAACUUGGUUUGUUGAAGAAGUUGCAAUAUCUGGAACUUUACAGUAACAAUAUUAGUGGCACGAUUCCUAGCGACCUUGGAAAUCUGACGAAUCUGGUGAGCUUGGAUCUGUACCUAAACAAAUUCACCGGUGAAAUACCUGAUUCGUUGGGGAACCUAAAGAAUCUGCGUUUCCUUCGGCUUAACAACAAUAGUCUUUCGGGUCACAUUCCUGGAUCUUUGACCACCAUAAAUGCUCUUCAAGUUCUAGAUUUAUCAAACAAUGGGCUGUCUGGAGAAGUUCCAUCGAAUGGAUCAUUCUCGCAAUUCACUCCCAUCAGGUGCUUUGCAGUUUUAGCUAUUUUCUUAACAUUUUGGUUUUGCUAUUACCUUGAUAUUGUUAUUACAAAUCAUAUUUGUUUGAUCUGCAGUUUUCAAAAUAAUGCUCGAUUAUGUGGCCCGGGUGCUUCAAAAGCCUGUCCUAAUUCGCCUCCAUUAUCUCCACCACCUCCAUUUGUUCCACCGCCACCUUCAUCCGGAGGAAGUAGUGCCUCCAGCAUUGCAGCGAUUGCUGGUGGGGUUGCUGCAGGUGCUGCCUUGCUGUUUGCUGCACCUGCUAUUGGUUUUGCCUGGUGGCGUCGUCGCAAGCCACAAGAACAUUUCUUUGAUGUGCCUGCUGAAGAGGAUCCAGAAGUUCAUUUGGGCCAGCUUAAAAGGUUUUCUCUCCGAGAAUUACAAGUUGCAACUGAUAGUUUCAGUAACAAGAACAUUUUAGGCAGAGGUGGAUUUGGGAAAGUCUAUAAAGGACGGCUUGCGGACGGUUCACUUGUAGCUGUAAAGAGGCUAAAAGAAGAACGCACCCCAGGUGGGGAGCUUCAGUUUCAAACUGAAGUUGAGAUGAUUAGCAUGGCUGUGCACCGUAACCUACUUAGACUUCGCGGAUUUUGUAUGACUCCUACUGAACGAUUGCUUGUGUAUCCAUAUAUGGCUAAUGGAAGUGUUGCAUCAUGCUUAAGAGAACGUCCACCAUCAGAGCCACCACUUGAUUGGACAAUUCGGCGGAGGGUUGCAUUGGGUGCUGCAAGGGGGCUGUCCUACUUGCAUGACCAUUGUGAUCCAAGAAUUAUUCAUCGUGAUGUUAAAGCUGCAAAUAUUCUGUUGGAUGAGGAGUUUGAGGCAGUUGUAGGGGAUUUUGGCUUAGCCAAACUAAUGGACUACAAGGAUACCCAUGUCACAACUGCUGUCCGUGGAACGAUAGGUCAUAUUGCUCCAGAAUACUUGUCAACGGGGAAGUCCUCUGAGAAAACUGAUGUUUUUGGGUAUGGAAUCAUGCUUCUGGAACUGAUCACAGGUCAAAGAGCAUUUGAUCUUGCUCGGCUUGCAAAUGAUGAUGAUGUCAUGUUGCUUGACUGGGUGAAAGGUCUUCUGAAAGACAAAAAACUGGAAAUGUUAGUGGAUCCAGAUUUGCAGAACAACUACAUCGAAGCUGAAGUGGAGUCGCUUAUCCAAGUUGCGCUGCUAUGCACUCAGGGCUCACCAUUGGAACGACCCAAGAUGUCGGAGGUGGUAAGGAUGCUCGAAGGAGAUGGUCUUGCCGAGAGGUGGGAGGAAUGGCAGAAGGUUGAAGUGGUGCGGCACGAUGAGUUGGCCCCGCAUAAUCACAACGAGUGGAUUCAAGAUUCCACUGACAACCUUCAUCCAGUGGAACUAUCUGGGCCUAGAUGACCUUUACACAAAAUUGAUGAAAGAAACUCACUAAGGUCACUUCUCUUUAUCCCAUUCAUGUCUCCUAUAACGACAUUCUGUGUCAAGUGAAAUCACAUUUGUAUUCCUUGUUUUCUGUAUAUGGGGGGCAUUGUAUUGUUUACAGUAAUUUUAUUCUAUGUAUAUUUUACUGGAUGUAAUGUAAAUUUUUAGCCUUUGCCAAGAAGAGCUAUGUAUCAACAUCAAGCUUUUAUUA